AUGUCCUUCGUCAAUAGAGCUUCAAGAGCUCUCCAUGGCUACCCUGGUUACUCUAAGUUUCUUGUUCUCUUCAGUCUCAGUAGUGGAGGUCUAGUGGCAUAUGCUGAUUCACAAUCAGAAACAGCUGCUCCUGCUGCUGAGCUUAAUCAGAAUGAGUUUAAGAAGAAGAGAGUGGUGGUUCUGGGAACAGGCUGGGCUGGUACUAGUUUCCUUAAAGAUCUGGAUGUUUCUUCAUAUGAUGUUCAGGUUGUUUCACCGCGCAACUAUUUUGCUUUCACUCCUCUGUUGCCUAGUGUGACUUGUGGUACAGUUGAAGCACGGAGCAUCGUAGAACCGGUCAGGAAUAUCAUAAAGAAGAGAAAUGGAGAAAUUCAAUUUUAUGAGGCAGAAUGUGUCAAGAUUGAUGCUGCAAACAACAAGGUUUUUUGCAAGUCUCAUUUUGAGAACAAUGUGGUUGGUGCUGAAGAUUUUUCCCUGGAAUAUGACUACCUGGUGGUAGCAUUAGGAGCACAAGUAAACACUUUUAACACCCCUGGUGUCAUGGAGAACUGCCAUUUUCUGAAGGAAUUGGAGGAUGCACAGAAGCUCCGCAGAAGUGUGAUUGAUUGUUUUGAAAAGGCUUCCAUCCCUGGCCUGACUGAAGAAGAGCGAAGGACAAACCUUCAUUUUGUAAUUGUUGGAGGGGGUCCCACUGGAGUGGAGUUUGCUGCCGAGCUGCAUGACUUUCUUCAGGAAGAUUUAGUUAAUAUUUAUCCCAUGGUUAAAGAUCUAGUGAAAAUAACCAUGAUCCAGUCUGGAGAUCAUAUUUUGAACAUGUUUGAUGAGAGAAUUAGUACGUUCGCUGAGCAGAAGUUUCAAAGAGAUUGUAUUGAAGUUCAGACAGGGUGUAGAGUUGUCAGUGUUUCUGAUAAAGAAAUUACCAUGAAGAUCAAAUCCAAGGGUGAGGUUACCUCUAUACCCCAUGGAUUGGUAGUAUGGUCUACUGGUAUUAGUACUCACCCAGUUGUGAAGGACUUCAUGGGCCAAAUUGGGCAGGCCAACAGACGCGUUCUUGCAACUAAUGAAUGGCUGCGAGUAAAGGGAUCUGAAAAUGUAUAUGCACUAGGUGAUUGUGCCACAAUAGAUCAGCGUAAGAUCAUGGAGGAUAUUGUGUCCAUAUUUAAAGCUGCAGACAAAGACAAUUCUGGAACCUUGACUGUUCUGGAAUUCCAAGAUGUGGUAGAUGAUAUCCUCAUACGGUAUCCCCAGCUGGAAAUCUAUUUGAAGAACAAGCAUCUGAGAGAUGUUACAGAUUUGUUGAAAGAUGCCGAAGGGAAAGACAAAGAAGUUGAUAUUGAAGGUUUUAAACUAGCCCUUUCUCAAGUGGAUUCACAGACAAAAAGUCUGCCUGCAACUGCACAGGUUGCUGCUCAACAAGGUACGUAUCUUUCUAGGUGUUUCAAUCUUAGAGAACACCGCAAAGAUAAUCCUGAAGGUCCACGGCGUUUUGUGGGUUCUGGGCGUCAUGCAUUUGUUCCCUUUCAAUACAAGCAUCUUGGGCAAUUUGCUCCUUUGGGAGGAGAGCAGGCUGCUGCAGAACUGCCUGGAGACUGGGUUUCCAUUGGGUACUAUACAUUCUUUGAGAAAGCUUUUAGAGCUUUUAAUGACCACUCUACAGUAUCUAAGCUUCUUGUUAUCUCCACUGUCAGUGGUGGAGGUCUACUGGCAUUUUCUGAUGGCAACACGUUCCAAAGUUCUGCUGCUGAAGGAGACAAGAAGAAAAAGAAGGUGGUGGUUCUUGGAACUGGUUGGGCAGGGAUCAGUUUUUUGAAAAACCUGAAGAGUUCUUCAUAUGAUGUUCAUUUAGUGUCACCGCGUAACUAUUUUGCAUUUACUCCAUUGUUACCAAGUGUUACAAAUGGAACAGUCGAAGCACGCAGCAUUGUCGAACCAAUUCGCAAUAUUGCAAGGAAGAAAUCAUUUGAAGUUGAAUUCAAGGAAGCUGAAUGUUAUAAGAUUGAUCCAGAAAAGAAGAAAAUUUAUUGCCGAAGUACCGAUCGAGCCAGUUUAGGAGGGACUGAGGAAUUCACCAUGGAUUAUGAUGUGUUGGUUGUGGCCAUAGGAGCUAAAUCAAAUACUUUCAACACCCCUGGUGUUGAGGAACAUGCUCACUUCUUGAAGGAAAUAGAAGAUGGUCAGAAGAUUCGCAGGUCGAUAAUUGAUUGUUACGAACGCGCAAGCCUUCCGAGUAUAAGCGAAGAAGAGAAGAAGCGCAUCAUGCAUUUUGUCGUUGUCGGUGGUGGUCCAAGUGGUGUGGAAUAUGCUGCAGAACUUCAUGACUUUGCACAUGAUGAUUUAGCUAAACUAUAUCCUUCAGUCAAAGACUACCUGAGAAUUACACUUCUCGAAGCAGGCGAUCACAUUUUGAACAUGUUUGACAGCAGAAUUAGUAAAUUUGCUACAGAGAAGUUCGGAAGAGAUGGAAUUGAUGUAAAGACAGGAUCAAUGGUCAUUAACGUUUCUGACAGGUAUAUUUCUACUAAAGAGAGAAAAACUGGUCAGACUGUUUCUGUACCUUAUGGAAUGGUUCUCUGGUCAACCGGCAUUGCUACUCGUCCUGUCAUCAUGGAUUUUAUGAAGCAAAUUGGUCAGGGUAACAGGCGUGUUUUAGCAACUGAUGAGUGGCUGAGGGUUGAAGGGUGUGAUGAUGUGUAUGCUCUUGGUGACUGUGCCACGAUAAAUCAACGAAAAGUCAUGGAAGAUAUAGCAGCAAUAUUCAGCAAGGCAGACAAGAAUAACACUGGUACCUUAGAGCUCAAAGAUUUUAAACAUGUUGUUGAUCACAUCAGCGAAAGAUAUCCUCAGGUGCAGAUUUAUUUGGAAAAGAACAAAUUGAAAAGCUUUGAUGCUUUACUAAAUAGUGCUCAAGGGAAUGACAAAAAACAGAUAGAUAUUGAAACAUUCAAGAAAGCUCUAGCUGAAGUCGAUUCUCAAAUGAAACAUCUUCCUGCAACAGCUCAGGUUGCAGCACAGCAAGGUGAAUACCUGGCAAACUGUUUUAAUCGUAUGGAGAGAUGUGAAAAGUAUCCUGAGGGUCCUCUGAGAUUUAGGGGAACAGGCCGCCAUCGGUUUCACCCAUUUAGGUAUAAGCAUUUUGGACAAUUUGCUCCAUUGGGAGGAGAGCAAACUGCAGCUCAGCUUCCAGGAGAUUGGAUUUCCAUUGGUUAUAGUACUCAGUGGCUCUGGUACUCGGUAUAUGCAAGUAAGCUAGUCAGCUGGCGCACGAGAGCGCUAGUGGUAUCUGACUGGAACCAGUACUGA